GUUUUAUAAUCUCUUACUGCUCCUCUCAGUCCACGUGGGGGAGCCGAUUCCCCCGGUCACCUCCCUCCUGGAGGAGGGCGCUCUCUGCUCAGUUUCCAGCUCGUUUGGGGAGGUCGUGUUUUCACUGGUCUACACGGCCGAAUGACAGCUGCGCCAACCCCCUCCCCACCACGGCUCGACUCCACCUUAUAUCCGUAACGGGGACGGAGCGGAGCACGGCGGCACCGUGAGCCUCGGCAUGGACUUCUCUAUUCGCGCGGCCAACGUGGAGGACUGCAAGGACAUCGCGCGGAUGAUCACGGAAUUGGCUGAAUAUGAGAAAGUGGCAGACCACGUGAAAGUCACGCAGAGAGACUUGGAGCAGGAUGGUUUCUCCAAGAACCCGUUCUUCCAUGGGAUCAUUGCUGAGGUGCCAGAACAGCACAAAACCAAAGAAGGCCAUAUGAAGAUAGGCUAUGCACUUUACUUCUAUUCCUACAGCUCAUGGUCGGGCAGAGCCAUUUAUAUGGAGGACUUGUACGUGAUGCCAGAGUUCAGAGGGAAGGGCAUUGGUCAAGCACUUAUGAGCAAGGUAGCGCAGCUGGGCCUGGCUGCCGGCUGCAGCCAGCUCAAUUUCACCGUUCUCGACUGGAAUAAGUCAUCUCUGGACUUUUACGUCAGCCAGGGCUGCUUCGAUGUCACGGCCUCAAUGGGCUACCACUGUAUGCGCUGCGAGGGAGAGGCCCUGGAGCACCUGGCCCAACCCUAACCCAACACUGGGCCCAUGACCUCUCGACUUUUGCACCCGUGAGGUCAACCCACACAGUGCAGGGAUAGAGCGCCCCUUAGUGGCCCCGUUCCAAAACUUAACAAUCACAAUCGUUAUCGUCAGAUUUUUCAAGAAAACAAAUUAUUAAAAUAAGUGUCUGUUCCCUAAGCUCUGCCCCCCUUAGUAACAGUUGCUACGUCAGUCAUGGUUGUCAUUCCGGCACAGGACAUAUGCCGUGAACGGUGAAAACAGUGGCAGGUUUAAACCCUGUACUUUUUCAAACAAUGGACCUUUUAUUUCAAACAGAAGAAAGCAGAAGGAGGCUUUUCAUUUCAAGCCAAAAAUUGCUGAUUUUGUGGCUGAAAUUACAGCAUUGGCAGAUUCAAUCAGCUGCAUUUAGUUAACAUUAGCUAGUUAGCCGACGCUAACUCCCUGAGUUGGCUGAAAACUCUGCCUAUAACCGACUUUUUGAUUUUUUUCAGCCAUGUAAAAAUAUGCGCAUGGUGGCAACAUACAUGAUAUAACGCUACAAGCUGAGGCUAAAGCUGCUAUUCCCCAGCAAAAAGUUACAAUUCUCACCAGUUGAUGAUCAACGCAGAAGCCAUAUGAAUAAGGAGCCGCACUGUUAGCCCUAGCAUUAUAGCAUAGUAUUUUAAAUAAAAACAUAGUUAAAUAUUAAUUGUUCUAACAUAACGCUGUUGGGAUGCUUACUAUAGAAAAAAAUAAUUGGACAAGUGGAGGUUCAAGUCCUGAAAAGGGGACUUUUUUUUAACAUGAGCAAAUGAAGUGCUCCAUGACUUCGAAAGCAACACUACGUUUCAAUUGAAUUUAGUAAGCUAGUGAGCGGGGCAUGCUAACGUUGGCAGCUUAUGUUAGAGCAGACCAGCACACCAUUAAAUCUGUCCGUUACUGUUUUGAUCUUGUGUGUUUGGUUUUUGAAAGUCUAAAAACAAAAGACACCACCCACCAAACCUUUUAAAUACGGAGAAUCACUCCUCAUUAAAACUUCACAAACACCACGUCAAUGAAUGGAGAAUUUCAAAAGAGCCAAAGCCCGGCAGGUCUGCUGUACUUAGUAACGGUUGCUAAGCUGUGAUUGAACAAUCACUGUUUGGAGGUGGGGUUUAGCAAACAGCUAAUUGGCUUAUUAAAUAGUCAAGGAAGUAGUUUUAAGUAUUGGAAUGGGGCCUUUGCAAUACACUUAAAUAGUACAUAGCCAAGGCACUGAAAUCUGUGUUCGUGUUUUUCCUUGUGAUAUGUUCUGGCCUUUAACUUUGGUGUUAAAUGGAUCUGAUAACCUUACCUCUCGGCCUAAAUGGAAAAAAAAUGAUGAGACAGCAGUCAAUAGGUGUAACAGGUGUGCACGUGUGUGGUGGGGGGUCAUGUUUGUGGGAUUUUUAAAGAAAGUCUUAACGGAAAGUAUAAAAAAAACAUCAUCCAGAAGGGAAAUGCUUUUUUUUUUUGCACAUAGAUCCAGACAGACCUCAUGCAUCGGAAAAACCAGGGUGUAAGUUUCAUUGUGCGACUGUUGAAAAAAGAGAGUUUUGAGUAUCCUAUUCCUUUAAAUUAUGAUUAACUGUGACAGCAGGAGUCACUUCUCCCCCUGUCUUCCAAAUGAGGAGCACUGUAAAGCUGUUGUGAACCACAAUGUCGGUAUUUGCACUGUUUUCUCCCUUGUAAGCUAUGUUUGUAGAGGUUUCUCUAUUUAAUGAAGUUGUACACUAAAGGAAUCAGUUGGAUUCAACCUAAAACCUCCUUCCUUGCUGCCAAACAUCAAACUCUUCGGGCUGGUUUCAAAGAAAUGGAUGAAGCUUAGGAUCAAACGAAAAUGAUCCCAUCUGGUGGAAUUUGAAAAAUAAAAGAAAAUCUUGGACAGGGCUUAGUCAAUGUCGUUGAACCUGUCCAGCUAAAAUGAAAGUGGCACCACUCUGGUCUGAAUUUCUGUUUUAUAUCCAAUGUAAUUUUAAAAAAAGAGUGCUUUUUGGAUCAUUUCCAACCAUUUAAUGAAAACAGUCUGAGUUGUUGAGUUAUAUUUAGUUUGUUUUCUCUCACUCUAAACAAGUAAGAACCACUGACCCUACUUUGUAGCUUUUGCAGUUUGCAUUUCUUUUCUUGUUUAGAAAUAAUUGAGUAAAGAAUGUGGAGUUGUUGUUUUUUCUAUCUUUGGGACACUGUGUUGCAAAACUAACCAUGUAUGUUUGUUUCAAUGUGCAAAAUCAACAAAAUUCAUUGGUGUGGAAAAGCACAUUUAAUGCAUUUUCAUCCAUGCUGUUACGGAGUGCAUGACCCAAAAAUCCAUACAGUCCAAGGGAACAUGAAGAGAUAUUUAUAUCCUCCCUUGUAUGCGACUUCCCACCAGAGUGGCAGACCCAGAGCUACAAACUGUACAACUCGUAACUCUGGUUCCAACAUGGAUUCCUCCAAAUGUGUCAAAAAUCAAAUCAAAGUUCAACCCAGUUUCCUGUCAAAUCCACUGAGAUCUUUGCAAUAAGUCAAACAACUUUAAAGGGCAAGUUUGCAUUCAAAAGACAAGAAAAGACUUAAAUAUUUGAGAUGCUUAUUCAGAUUUCAAUGUGUAGGAUGUGUUACUACAUGGUGUAAAAGAAAUAUUUCCAGUGUGUUCAGUACUGGUGAAUGUGUGUUCUCAAAUGUUGCGUGCAGUGAUUCAUGUGUUCUGCCUGUUUUAUUGUGUUAAUGUAUCAUACGUUGUCUCCGAAAUGGCUAAAAAUAAAGAUGGUCGAUGGUUGUGAAUCCGAAACGUUAACUUUUAAAGAACCCAGUGCAUUUUAGAUUUCAUCCUCUGGGUUUUUAAUGGGCUUCAUGGGAUCAAAUUAAUUCUCUCGACCCGCAUCAGGAGCACGACGUACCUUAGCUGAAGUUAAAACAGCAAAAAUGGAUUCACUGGUUUUUCUCACAAGGUAUCAGGGAAAUGUUUGAUGCCAUUAUUCCACCCCGGGGGCUGCAAAAAGUAGUUUUUAGAAUUAAGUGUCACGUCCUCUACCAGAAUUCCCGAUACAUUAGAAAAUACCACAGGCCGCAUCACAUUCAGCCUAGAACCUGCAUGAAAUUCAGACGUUGGUUUCAAAAAAGUGUUGUACAUGCCCAUUUAUUCUUGAAAACCACGAGUGUGUCUUAUCGUUCACAUGUUUGACUGCUCCGUGCAGUAGUUGACACUGAUCAGAGGGAUAAAACCUGUCAGACCGCAGUUGAAUAAAG